CGGCUUCCGGAAGUGGCCGAGCGCUGCUGUCUCGCUCUCCGACCCCAGCCGAGCGCCCGCCUUGUUCUCCCGUCCGCCGAAGGCGCUCGGGGAGGAGGCGAAGCCGAGGCCGCGGGCCCAACGUCUGCAGCGGCUCCGCGAGGGCAGGGGCCGAGCCGGCUCCGAGCCGCCGCAGCCGAGCUCGUUCCGGAAGAAGCCGAGCGACGGCCCGGGCCUCGGCGUCCGGGGUGAGCGGCGGUGGCGGCGGCGCGGCGCGGCGCUGCGGGCGGAGAUGAGCUGCGACGGCUGAGGCGGCGGCGGUACCGGCUGCGCGUGCCCGACCGAGACUUCCGCGCGGCGCCAGCCCCGCGCCCGGCCUUCGCCUCGGGCCGAGCGUACCCCCCAGCCUCCCGGGCCCAUUGUGCGGCCGGAGGCGGCGGCGGGAACGGCCAUGGCGGCCAACAUGUACCGGGUGGGGGAUUACGUCUAUUUUGAGAACUCCUCCAGCAAUCCCUACCUGGUGAGACGGAUUGAGGAGCUCAACAAGACUGCAAAUGGGAACGUGGAGGCCAAGGUGGUGUGCCUCUUCCGGCGCAGGGACAUCUCCAGCAGCCUCAACAGCCUGGCGGACAGCAAUGCGCGGGAGUUUGAAGAGGAGUCAAAGCAGCCAGGGGUGUCGGAGCAGCAGCGACAUCAGCUGAAGCACCGGGAACUUUUUCUUUCUCGGCAGUUUGAGUCCUUGCCAGCCACCCACAUCCGUGGAAAAUGCAGCGUGACCCUCUUGAACGAGACAGAUAUCUUGAGCCAGUAUCUGGAAAAGGAGGACUGCUUCUUCUACUCCCUGGUGUUUGACCCCGUGCAGAAGACGCUGCUCGCCGACCAGGGGGAGAUCCGAGUUGGUUGCAAAUUCCAAGCUGAGAUCCCAGAUCGCCUGGCCGAGGGGGAGUCUGAUAACCGGAACCAGCAGAAGAUGGAGAUGAAGGUCUGGGACCCAGACAACCCUCUCACAGACCGGCAGAUCGACCAGUUUCUCGUGGUGGCCCGAGCGGUGGGGACCUUCGCCAGAGCCCUAGAUUGCAGCAGCUCCAUCCGGCAGCCAAGCCUACACAUGAGUGCAGCCGCUGCCUCUCGAGAUAUCACCCUGUUCCAUGCGAUGGACACACUGCAGAGGAACGGCUAUGACCUGGCCAAGGCCAUGUCGACGCUGGUGCCUCAGGGGGGCCCAGUGCUGUGCCGGGACGAGAUGGAGGAAUGGUCCGCCUCCGAGGCCAUGCUGUUUGAGGAGGCCCUGGAGAAGUACGGGAAGGAUUUCAAUGAUAUUCGCCAGGACUUUCUGCCCUGGAAGUCGCUGGCCAGCAUAGUCCAGUUUUAUUACAUGUGGAAAACCACAGACCGCUACAUCCAGCAGAAGAGAUUGAAAGCAGCGGAAGCAGACAGCAAACUGAAACAGGUCUACAUCCCCACCUACACCAAACCAAACCCUAACCAGAUCAUCUCUGUGGGCUCAAAACCUGGCAUGAACGGGGCAGGAUUCCAGAAGGGCCUGACUUGCGAGAGCUGCCACACCACACAGUCUGCUCAGUGGUACGCCUGGGGCCCACCCAACAUGCAGUGCCGCCUCUGUGCUUCCUGCUGGAUCUACUGGAAGAAGUACGGGGGACUGAAGACGCCCACCCAGCUUGAGGGGGCUGCUCGGGGCACAACAGAGCCACACUCAAGGGGUCAUUUGUCCAGACCCGAAGCCCAAAGUCUCUCCCCCUAUACGACCAGCGCCAACCGGGCCAAGCUGCUGGCUAAGAACAGGCAAACAUUCCUGCUCCAGACCACGAAGCUGACCCGUCUUGCCAGACGCAUGUGCAGGGACCUGUUACAGCCGAGGAGGGCUGCUCGGCGACCCUAUGCCCCUAUCAAUGCCAAUGCCAUCAAGGCAGAGUGCUCCAUUCGACUCCCUAAGGCCGCCAAGACUCCAUUGAAGAUUCACCCUCUGGUGCGGCUGCCCCUAGCAACUAUCGUCAAAGAUCUGGUGGCCCAGGCACCUCUGAAACCAAAAACACCUCGGGGUACCAAGACACCCAUCAACAGAAACCAGCUGACCCAGAGCCGGGGCCUGGGGGGCAUCAUGGUGAAACGGGCCUAUGAGGCUAUGGCAGGGGUUCCCUUCUCUGCCAAUGGAAGGCCCCUGGCUUCAGGGAUUCGCUCAAGCUCCCAGCCAGCAGCCAAGCGUCAGAAACUAAACCCGGCGGAUGCCCCCAAUCCUGUGGUGUUUGUGGCCACAAAAGAUACCAGGGCCCUUCGGAAAGCUCUGACUCACCUGGAGAUGCGGAGAGCUGCCCGCAGGCCCAACUUGCCCCUGAAGGUGAAGCCACCGCUGAUGGCAGUGAGGCCCCCCGUCUCUCUGCCUGCACCCUCACAUCCUGCCAGCACCAAUGAGCCUAUUGUCCUGGAGGACUGAACUUCUGGGGAAGGGAGGGGGGCUGGAAGAGGGUGGGUGCCCAGUUCACCCAAGUUCCCUUUUCUCGAGUGUCAUAGGGAGGGAGGGGGGAAGGAGGGAGCAAGUGGAGGGAUCGGGCGCCCUCUGGUGUUACCGCUUCAAGGCUUGCCUCCUUCCCUUGCUCCUCCGUGCCCGUGAUGGAGGCGGACUGCAGGAAUUGACCCGUGGUGGGAACCCGGCCUCUUUUGGGGGAUAGGACCCACAGCUGUCUUGGACAGUUUUAGGGGGAGGGUUUUUUAAUUUUUUAAAAAUUUUGCCUCCCUUUGUGAAAGGGGACAGGGGAAGGGAAGAGUAAACGGACACCUGGUUGGGGGAGGGGGGCGUGCACUGCCAUGUCUGUUCUUUUUUUUCUUUUUCCUAAUUGGGGGUUUCUCUUCCUGUCCGGUGUCCGGACUUUGCUAAACAGUUUGAGGCUCCUAAGCUGGCAUCAAACCCAGCCCAUGCGCACUCUUUCCUCCCCUCCCCUUGUCCCCUCCGCCUUUUGUACGCCAAUUCUCAGAAAUAAAGAUCUUUUGUCCAUUUUUUAAAUGUCGAUUCUGUAAUUGGUUCUUACAGUAACAAAUAAAAAGCUGUUUUCUUCA